GGCGGCCUGCUGCGUCGUGACGUCAGACGCCGGAACGCGCGGCGCGGUGACGUAAGACGCUCGCAACCCUCUACCUGCUGGCUCCUGUCUCCUGGAGAGAAGGAUCCGUUGUUGGUCGUCAUGGUCCCUCCGGUACAGGUCUCGCCCGUCAUCAAGAUGGCUAGGUAUUCAGCAUUGCUGGUUGGCAUCUUCUAUGGGAAGAAGCGAUAUGAUUAUCUAAAGCCUAUUGCUGAAGAGGAGAGGAGAAUUGAGACUGAAGAGAAAAAGAAACGAGAGGAACUUGAACGCAUUGCAAAACAGUUGGCAGAAGCUAAUGAAGACACUAUUCUGAAAUGAUGACCACUUUAAAAAGUACAGAUGAAGAAUCCACGUGCUGCCCUUACAGUUUGCUAGUACGGACUUAUCGGAUGUAUCUAUUCAACACACAAUUUGGGGUGUUUUUUCAAUGUGAGAGAAUAAAUAUUAUUUGAACAACAUAACAAAUUGUCUUUUGUUAAUUUCAAUUCUUUGGCAUCGACUGUGGAGAGGUUGAUUUUAGUUCAAUGAACUGUCAACAAGUUAUCUAUUGAUGUAUACUUUCAAAUUUCAGGGCUGAGUCACUGACUGCAGAUAUGUUUGUCAUCAUUAAAGGCUUAAAGUUUGUUUUAUAACAGUUUAGCUGUGAACUACAGACACUCUUCUGAAUACCAACCAGUGUGUUCUGUUAACAAAGCCAAAAUAAAAUAUUUUCAGUAAUUUA